AUGAUACCCCACGGGACCAAUCGUUUCUUAUUCACGCCAGUAAAACGGUCUUCCGCCACGUCUUCAACCGAUGGUAAUCAGAACAAGCAAGAGCUAGGUGUAUGUGCAGACAAGAAGAAAUUACCGGAAACGACAAAGCACGUGCAACUGGCGGUGGGUAAAUAUGACUUGGAGCAGCUAGCGCUCGCUGCGACCCUGCUUCAGACCGUGGACGAACGAGCUGGACCAAAGGCGCGUCUGAAGAUGGCGCAGAAAAAACGCAAUGCGCGGCGAAAAAAACAUGAUUGUAUGGUUGAGGAGCUGAUGUCGCCACUACUAGACGAUCGCGCUGUCUUCUUCUAUGAGGCAGGCAACGACGUUGUUGAGGAUGGAGACUCACUGAACUUCGAGGAAGUCAAGAACCCCAAGAAAAAUCCAGCACAUCGUGGAAGCGUACCCUCAGGAACUAGGACAUCGUCGGGAGCAAAAAAUUCAGGAACACCAAAAAGCGGCCGCGCGGCUGCGCCUUACGGGAGUGCUUCGUUCUCCGCGUCUCCAGCGCCAGCCAGUCGGAAUAGAAAGGGAAUGAACACACAGACAAACUCGAAACAACCCAAGAAUCCAUUCGUGUUCAAAGAGAGCGAGCACAUUUACGACAGGUCAAAGAUCGAUUCUCCUUCAUCCUCGCCAGCAGAAAAAAUCGCUGCUACCUUCUAUCUACCUUUAAAGCAGCAGCGUGAUGGAGCAAAGAAGAAAGCGCCAAGAGGAGUAGGCUUCCCUCCCUACGAGGACUACUCAACCAACUACCCACAACGUAGCGCCUCCUCCAAUGUUGAGAUGAAAGGGAAUAGUAACAGCUCAACUUCUAUGACAAACGGUGCUGCAGCGAUCGACAUUAGCACUUCGCUGCUGUACGACCUACCAGGUCCACCACCAGUGCUCUCUGCAGACGGCCGCGUUGAUGUGUUUCCAAGUUUGCGAAACCGUCCAGGUCCUGUUCUUGACGUGCCAAUCAAUUAUCAAGUGAUUCGGUCCGAUGACGACAAGGUGAAGGUAGAAGAUGCACAACAUACAACGCGGACAGCACCAUGCUCUCCGACGCGCGAGGAGAACUAUGCACUGAGACGUCGCCGGGCAGCGUGCAAGCAGGAGUGGCGUGCAGCCUACCAUACCGGACCACAGUGGUCCGCAUCGCCUGUGGGAGGUGUGCAACCGCUGGCCGAUCGCCUCAUCUCCACUGCGGUUUUGGCGUUGGAUAG